AUGAGAGUCGUUUUUAGCACAAUAUUGUUUUUGUUUGUAAGCCUGGAUAUUGCCGUAUGUAACUCAGAAGUGGAUGAUGAUUCAUCUACAAGAACUGCGCUGCAGCUGCGUGAUAGUGUGGAGUUUUCUUACUCGAUAUCAAAUUCCUUUUUGGAUCUUAUUCGUGGUCAGAAACCACCAACAGCUGUCUUUAAAACCCUUGUCAAUAUUCAAACUUCUCACCACUCAAGACUCGCAUAUAGAAGCAUUGAACCCGUUGUAACGACAUACUUGGGAUAUGGCAUAUGUCUUGUUGUCGGUUUUCUAUUUGCUAUUUUUAUGCCCCUUGUUGGAAUCGUUUUCUUCUGUGCUCGGUGCUGUGGAAAAUGUGGUGGACGUGUACAAUUUGUAGAUUCCAAACACGAUCCCUGCAAACGAGUUGUAUACACAGUCUUACUAGUCUUAAUUGUGACGUUCCAAUUGGCUGCUGUUGUUUUGGCUUUCAUCAAUCACUACUUAUUUCAUGAAGCUUUGGUCAGCAGAGACCCGCGCAUAGGUGCUUUUAGUCAAGCUAACCUUAGCCUUGUUGAAUUUGAAGAGGCUCUAAAAGAUAUGGUACAGAUGGCAAAGAAUACUUCUUCAACAGAUCUUAGUAAACAAAAAGAACGCUUCAUGCGAAUUGUAGAUGAUAGCCUUGUCAGUUUUCAAGAAGAUUUUACUAAACUGUCUCAAGCGAAUAAUGUAUCUGAUGCAAUUUCAGAAUUUCAAACAACCGCACGAGCUUUCCUUCCUGGAUCUGAGGCAAUCGCACAAAUAAGUUACUUUAACCAUUCACUUUACGAGGUGAUCUCUGAAUUACCUACAAUUCGUCAGCGUUUAACUGAUACGUUAAAUACAGGUUGUCCCAUUGAUAAGAUCAUUGAAUGCCGAGAAUUGAUGGGGCUGGCCAACAAUCAGUUAAAAGUUCGUGUUUCACCAAGUAUGUUCCAACUAGACGAAAUGACUUCUAUUUCUAAUCAAAUUCAACGGCAUCUUCCUGAUGUUGACUAUCUCAAUGAAUUCAAUGAAACUAUCAACAAUCUGGCCAUAAAUGUGAAGCGUUCCAUUAGUGGUGAUUUGGAUCGUGCCUGGAACGAUUUAGCUCAGUCUCCAAAGACACGAGAGAAACUAGCUAGUGUAUUCGAACAUAUUAUGGUUAAUGUAAGCACCACUUUAAAAUUUAUUCGUGAUCGAAUUUCAUUGGAGAUUAAUGAAGAAGUAAAUGAUCAUUAUUUACGAGCUGUCGAGUAUGUGUUAUAUGGCGGCGUAGCUCUGCUGUGCAUUCCCAUUUUAAUUUUCCUGAUAAUAUAUCUUGGACUGUGUUUUGGCACUUGUGGUGAUCGUCCCUAUGAAGAGGCCGGUUUGUGUAAUCGGGGUGUUGGCGCCAAUUUUUUACUUGCAGGUGUAGGAUUCAUGUUUCUUUUCUCAACUAUUUUGAUGGUCUCUUGCAUGGUACCUUUUCUUGUUGGCGGAACUUUGCAAACUGAAUUCUGUCGAUAUCUGACUGGUCGCUACCCAGAUGGUCCCCGAAAAAUGGACCAAUAUGUUUUUGAAAGUUUGAAAUCAAUUUUUCUUGCCGUUGAAGGGUCACUAUCGAACUCGUCCAAAUCUAGGACAUUUCAUGUUGAUAAAAAUGAACUAGAAGCUAUCAGACCAACAUUGGAUAUUAUUCGUUUUAAUCUGUCAGAUGCUAUUUUAACUCGAUGUGAAAACGAACCAUUCGUAGAAGCAAUCAGUACAGGAGAGUUCGUUUCCCCUAUACUUACUGAUGCAGUUGACGGAAUUUUACAAGGUCUCAUCGAGUCAUUUAAGAAGGUUGACAUAGAGUCUCCUUUUCGCCGUACUAUCGGGUCGUGUUUAGCAGCUUUGGAACGUCUCAAAUUUCUUUCUGCUAUUAAUUUCAAGGAAGCUAUCAACCAAGUUAAUACUCCACUAACUUUUAUUGACCAUCUCGGUGAAUUUGUGUCUAGAUUGAAGGCUUUAAAUAUGGACUCUUUAGCUCCACAUAUUCAAGCUCUUGUGAAUGGACCUGUAAAAUUAGAUGCCUAUCGUGGUAACAUUCACACCUUGUUUGUGCGAUUCAACGGUUUACCGGAUCAAAUGAAUCUUGCAAUUAUCAAUCUUAAUAGAUACAAUCAAACGUUAUCUACUUCUGUCCAGUCUUCUAUGAAUCGUGGAGUUAACAAAUUUCAUCCACUUUUAACUAAAGAAUUACAAUUGGCUGUUAUAGCCACUUGGCAUAAUAUCCCGUGUCAGUCACUUCGUUUAGCUGCCAAACGUGGAGUCGAUUCAGUUUGUUAUACAUUUUUAAUGCCAUUUAAUGCAUUUUGGACUGGAUUAGGAUUUACACUACUUCUUUUCAUUCCCGCUAUUAUUUUCGCUGUUAAACUGGCUGGUUUAUAUCGCAAAACAGAAAAAUAUAGUCGCGAUUACGAAGAACCGGAUUACAUAUCAUAUCAUGGCUUCUAUAUGAGACCACCAACAGAUUAUCAGGACAAUUCACAGAAACCCCGAAACAAAUCUCGUAAACAUAAAGUAAAAAGUCAAUCCAAUGGAUCUAGCGCACGGAAUUCCCACUCACGUUAUCAACAAUUAUCUGUUUAUCCAUAUGAUGCCUACGAGUAG